AUGGAUUUCUGUCAAAGGACAAAGCUGUUGGUAAGUUUUCAUCAGUUUCGUAUGUCCGCUUCAGGUCGACCUAUAUAUAGUUUAGAUAUACAUCCUGAUGGUUCACGUUUAGCCACUGGUGGGGUAAUCGACACAUGUGGAGUUGUUGUUUUGUGGAAUAUGGCUCCUAUUCGAGAUCCAACUUUAGAGUCAAGUGAUAACUCUUGUCUUAAGCUUUUUCAGAUGGACAGUCAUCAAGCUUGUGUCAACUGUGUUCGUUGGUCACCAUCUGGUCGUUGGUUAGCGUCUGCUGGAAUGGACAAAGUUAUUAUGUUAUGGUCGAAAACAGCAGGUACAUCUCGUCCAGUUCAGGUAUUCGGUUCAAAAGAGCCUACCAAGUUUACGGAACAUUGGCGUUGCGUAUCAACCCUUCGAGGUCACAGUGGUGGUUAUACAAGCAAUUCUUUCUAUUUACAAGCAACUUUAAGUGGUCAUAAAGGUUUUGUAAAAGGUGUUACUUGGGAUCCAGUUGGUCGUUAUUUAGCUAGUCAAGGAGAUGAUUUAACUGUGAAAAUAUGGCGUACUGCAGACUGGCAGGAAGAAGCUAGCAUCAGUAAACCAUUUACAAAGGCUAGUGGACAAAGUCAAGUUAUGCGUUUAUCGUGGAGUUUGGAUGGUUCAACUCUUGCUUCACCGCAUGCUAUAAAUAAUGGCUUUCCUACUGCUAAACUUAUUGAUCGAACGAAUUGGUCACCAAGUUUAGAUUUAGUUGGACAUCGUAAACAUGUCAUUUGUGCACGUUAUAAUCCUAAUGUUUUACGUAAACAAGAUGGAUCUGGGAUUCCGGGUGCUGUUUGUUUAGCUCUUGGCAGUAAGGAUCGUUCUGUUUCUGUAUGGUCGACAGCGGGUCGUCGUGCACGAAUUGUUGUUCAUGAUCUGUUCACUAAUUCUGUUUGUGAUUUAUCAUGGAGUUCUGAUGGUCGUGAAUUAAUGGCUUGCUCACUGGAUGGCUCUGUUUGUUAUAUGGGUUUUACUCACAAAGAAUUAGGAACUCCAUGGUCACUUAAAGAAGUUAUUCAAUUACAUUACAAAAUUUAUGGACAAAGUUUAUUAGAUAAAUUUCGUCCAAUUACAUCGAAUGGUUUAUCUACAGAAGUAGAUUUUUCUGAUGAAAAUAAAGACAAUUCAAGUAUACUGAAUCAAAGUGAUAUCUUACUAGAAACCCCUGAAGCUUUAGCUUUGCAAAAAACUCAAGCUGAAUUACGUACAAAAUUAAAGCAUUCACCAACACGAGAUAAACAAGCGAAGUGUCUUCCAAAAGGUCCAUCCAAACAGAUUGAAACUGUAAGUAAAGACGGACGACGAAGAAUAACUCCUAAAUUUCUAGGUCAUUUGGACAGUCCUGAUGAAGAUGCUAAUUCCAAUCCACAAUUUUCAUCACCUCAAUCUAACAGAUGUGAAAGUAAAUUGAGCUCGGAGAAUAGUUCGGACAUAAUUUCAGAUAUAAAUAAAACAAAUCAUAUAGUAGCAAUAUCAACAACCGGAGCAAAUGUAACAACAACUCAUUCUACUAAUUCUGUUAUGUCUAAAACUAUAGCCAGUGAUGAUGCUCUUCCAACUGUUACACUUGUACAAGUCAACAAUACUGUUUCUACGAUUUUAAAUAAAACAUGUAAUUCGAAUAUUGUUGUUCCUACACCUAUAUCAACAAUAAAUACAGUUGAUUCGAAGGGAAAUGAAACUACAUUUCCGUCAACUACUGUUACUAUAUGCCCAAGUCAUUCACCUGUAGAACCGAAAAUCAACUCCGAAUCACAGUCAUUAGCUACGUUUGUCCAAGCACCAUCAAAGAAAUUAACACUUGAAUCGACUACGUUUACUACUACUACUACUAUUACUACUAAUACUACUACUACUACUGCCACUACUGCUAUGGACCAGGAAAAUGGGAUAGAACUGAAACGUCCACGUUUAGAUAACAACGACGAUGAUACGGACCAUAUUAAACCGAUCAGUGAUGAGACAAAUAAACAAGUCGCUGUUACUGGUAACAAACAACGUAAAAGACGUAUUCGAUUGUUUGCUGAAGAAGAAAAAUCUCCGAAAUCAGGAUCGGAUGUUUCAAAGUCGUCUAUGUUACAGAAUAAAAAACCGUGUUUUACACCGGAGUCAUCACCACCAAAACCGAAGCUCACCCUUGGAUCUACUUUGGAAUCUACUGAUCAUACGUCAUCAUCUGUACAAAAUCCACCUUUAGGAACGGCAAGUUUUGCACCGUUUCUAAUCACCACAUCUGAUCAACUAGGGAAUGCAUCAAAAGUUCAAUUUGUAUGUUCUAAUCUGAUAGAUGGUCCAAUUAUUGUGCAGUUAAUCAACUCAUCGAAUUCAUCUACACGUGGUGAAGAAAUCCCAAAAUUAUCGAAUUCAGUCUCUCGAAUAAUUGCCAGUCGUAGUGAUCGUCGUUUAUGGGAACUAAUAUGUUCAGAUCGUUUAACUUCGUAUGCAUAUUCAGAUGAAGUUAUUGCUGUUGGUGAUAACAAAGGUCGAAUACAAUUAAUUUACAGUACUGGUGGUCAUAUAUGUCCUAAUCUCUUGUUAGACUGUGUUCAUACAUUGGCAUUGACUACUGAAACCACUGAAUCAUCACAAUCAUCUUCAACAACUUCUAAUCGUAUUUUCACAACAUACACAGAACCUUCAAGUAAUAAUAAUAAUCUUAGUCGAUUACAUGCAGUUGUCAGUGGAAAUGAACAACAACAAACAACACUUUUGAAUGGGAAUAAUAAUUUUACAUUACCUAACAAUAGUAUAAUGAAUAAAUUUAAUGUAAAUCGUAAAUAUCGUCUAGCUGCUUUAUGUCGAUCUGGUAGAUUGAUAUUAUGGAAUUUUUGUUUAAAUAAUUAUGGUUUCGGUUCAAUGUCUUCUGUAUUCAAUUCUUGUAUAUUUCCUCAAGUUUUAAUUGAAACUAAUAUUAAAGACGUUUUAAAUGGUGGUCAUAAUUCUCGAUUUAGUUCUCUUACAUUCGGUCCAAAUGGAUUUCCUGUUGUAUAUUUACAAGAUAAUUCAUCUUAUUUAUUUCAUAUAGAAAGUCGGAUUUGGAUUGAAUUAUUUGAUGCAUCUGAUGUUGUACGUUGUCAAUUCGCUAUGAAUUCUGCUCGUGGUUGUCCUCCUGGUCCAUUAUCUGCCUGUCAACAACUUAAUAAAUUGACCGCUAAUGUACAAAAGUCAAAUUCUUUCACUAGUUCAAAUUCAAACGUCAUUUCGGCUUCUUGUCGAAAAGUUUCAAAUCAAAAUUUCCUCGAAUCUCAGACUCAAUUAGCGCUAUCAUUUGGAUCUUCCAAUGAAUAUCGCUAUUGGCUAACUCGUUGGUUCCGUCAACUCAUUGAAGAUAAUGAAGAAGAACGUGUUCGUCAAAUAAUUCAAGAUCUCAUUGGUCCUGUACUGGCGAAUACCAAACUACAUUCUACUUGGCAGUCUGAAGUAAAGGGUAUAUCGAGGCUUGUAUUAGCGAAAGAAUUGUUAAGUUUAUUUGCACUCAAUUUGCAUUUACAACGUUUAUAUGUUGAAUUGAAAGAAAUGUUGAAUGAAGCAAGAUGAUAACAUUAUAACCGAUUUCAGUCGGAUUGUUAUAGGUAACACAUAGAAGAGUAAUGCAUAUUAUUUCUCCUCUUUAACUGUUUUUUCCCUUUUUCUUUUAUAAACGAUAAACUACUAUCUUGUAAUUAGUAAUCAUAUUGCCUCUUUAUACUUUCAGCUUUUAUUAUUUUAUCCUUGAACAGUAUAUUAUCCCUUCUAUAAAUACAUAUCUCUACAUAUAUCACAU